GCACAAGUACGUAUCGUGUGUAUUGUUCGACAGGUUCUUGUUCUUGCCUCCGUAAAUUCUUAAAACAAUUGUGUUGUACCCGUACGUACACGCAAUUCGUAUAGAGGGGUAUGUGUAGUUGAAACCACUUCAACCGCUGGCUCACAGGAGUUUUCCUCUGCAAAUCUGUUCCCUUCGUGUUCUUCUUUCAGAAGUUGAACAGAAGAUCGAGGUUUAUCCACAUACUUCCAAGGCACCAUGUUCUUUCUUCACGCCUUUGUACUUGCCCUUGUGGGUCUUUCUUUGGCUCAGAACACAGACGAUAACAGUCGAGAAUGCGGUCCGUGUGACGAGUCAGCGUGUCCCAGCGAUCUGUCCUGCCGUGCAGAGGCCGUUCUGGACCGUUGCUCUUGCUGCACGGUCUGCGCUAAGGUUCUCGGAGAGCGGUGCGGCGGACAGGAGUACGUGGACGGGCGGUGUGCGGAGGACUACAUAUGCGCCGGAAAGUCCGUGUACGAAGUGGUCAAAGAUGGAAAGAUCGGGCAGUGUGUCUGCAAGAAACUGGAGAGAGUUUGUGGGACAGAUGGGGUGGUCUACGACAAUAAAUGCGAACUUGAAAUGUCCAGUUAUGAAAGAGUGCAGAAGGGACAGCCGGCCAUUGAAGUUGACGACACAGAUAAAUUGUGUGUGACAGUUCCUAUGAUCUCCGUCCCACCCAAGGAUUCCACCCUUCAGCUAGACUCCCAGUCUGAGCUGAGCUGUGAGGCCUAUGGUCGACCCAUCCCUGACAUCAUCUGGACCAAAGACGGGGAAGAGUUGCCUGGCAACCACAUCAACAUAGCAACACGGAAGAGGAACGGACCCACCAAGUUUGGCAUGACCAGCUGGGUCUUGAUCAAUGUUUCACCUGACGAUGGGGGAAGUUACACCUGCACUGCCGUCAACAGUCAAGGCAAGGCAGACUCCACAGCUGACAUCCUGAUAGCUCAGAGAGAGAUCACUCAGGAAGGCGAUGGUGAUACAAACCAAGUACCCAUUGAAUUGUAAACUGAACACAGGAUGAGUUCCGAUGUUGUGACGACGAGUUCAACAAAUCCAAAAGAGGUUGCUAGCUAAGGCUAGAGGCUCAAUACAGACUGCUCAUGGUGCUAAAACCUGCCAACAGAGGGGGAUAUUUAUGUAGGCUUAGUAUUUAAUCAGUUUUGUAAUUCAAUAUGCUGCAUGUUAAUUAUUAUUUAUAGUGUCAGGGGUGGACGUACAGGAUGUCGAAUAUGUUCUACAAUUUAUAAAACUAGCAGCGUGACGUUGGAAGUGGCCAGUAAACAUGAAAGUGGCUAUUUCAUUUGAAACUUGAAAAGGAAUUUCAUCAAAGUUGAGUAGGUUAGCUUUGAAAGAUUUCUGCUGCAAAGGUUAAGGAAACAAAGAAUUAAUUGUUUUGAAACGUGAAAUUUCAUAAAAUUUAACAUCAAAAUUUCCUUUUGAUGUCCAUAAAGAAAAUGAUCUCUGUCAUCUGUCCUUCGUUUUCCACAACAAAAUUGUAAACAUGAAUCUAAAGUCUCGACAUCCAUGUAUGUCCACCCCUGAAUUUGUUAAGUUAUAGAUAAACCAUUUACUUUCAAAACAUUAUAGACAACUUUCUGAUUUUUGUUAUCUGAGUUUUUGUAGCAUAGAUUUUUAAAAAUUAAACUCUGUAAGAUUUGUGCUUUAUGUAAUCAAACAGAUAAGGAUUGGGGGCCAUAGUAAUAAGUAGACUGUAUUUCAAUUGAAUUUCUGGGGGGGGGGGGGUACAACUGCAAAGACACUUUUUGUUUUAGAUUUUCAUAUUAUUUCUUCAGUAGUUUUGCAUGAUGGAAACAAUACACUUGUACAAAUAAUCUUGCCUUGAUGAUAAUGAUGACUCCUUUUUGAAGAAGCGCGGAGUUGAAUACUCCGUUUCACUUUUGAACUAUGCAAAGUUUGUUGUAGAUUUAGAAAAGAAAGGCUAUUUAAAGUCCAGAUGCUGUUGUUUAAUAUAAUAACCAAACACAAUGUAUUAUUAAAGUUUUUCACAUACUAUUCAAUUGUGCCUUGUACAGGUAUAUUUUUAUAAGAAUUUGUUCAAAUCUGAAAUGACUGUUCCAUUGAUUUUAGUCAAUUAUUUAUCAAAUAUUGUCACUUUUGUUAAUUUAUCCCAAACGCCUAUAUAAUGUCAGAUGUGUAGUUUUUACUGUCUUCCCCACUUCUAAAAAAUAAUUUCCAAUAACUUCUCCCCGGAUUAUCCUUAAAUUGUAAUAAUUUGUUACUUAUUGUAAAACGUAAAAAUGUAUGCUGCAGUUUGCUGUUCUUUGACUUCGCUGUUUGUUGACUGUUGAAGUUCAAGACAGCACUAAAAAUCCAGUCUUCCACUCUCUCUGUAGAACACUAACUUUUCACACACAAUUUAUUGAAAUUGGACUGUUAUUCUGUAUUGAGGCAUUUGCAGUGAUAACAAUUGUGUGUUGAAUUUUGGAUGUUUUACAGAGUGUAGAAAUGUAGGUGAUUUACUCGUAUUUUAUCUUAGAGUGCCUUGUUACAAUAAAUGGGUGAUGUAUGAUUCCA